AUGGCGCCUCCCAGAAGCAAAGGCCCCAUCAAACGGCACCAUGCCUUCCACGGCAUCGUCAUGGUCUGCGGUUGGCUGCUGCCUCCUCUCGCUGUGCUCAUCCGCUUCGGAGUGGGCUUGGACUUCUUCAUCAACAUCAUCUGCACCAUCUGUGGUUACAUCCCUGGCCAUUUCCACAACUUUUGGAUCCAAAACGUGCGAAACAACAAGAACUCGCGCCACUCGCCCUCGUGGGCUAUCCGAUACGGUCUCGUUAAAGACUAUCGCGUCAAGCGCACCGCCAAUGGCUGGUCUGAUCGAUACGGAGACUCGGCCACCGACUGGCAGAACCAGGAAGUCAUCGUCGACCCUUUGACGGGCGAGACGCGCCGCGAUCCCGAAUCGGCGCGCAAGACCGGCAACGUUCGUUCCGGCAGCCACUUCCUCGCACCUUGGGCCGACAACGUCGAAGACAGCCCGCGUGCCGAGCGCGAGGAUCCUUAUGCGGAUGAGAGGAGGCAGAAUGCUGGACGUGCUGGUAACGUGGUGCGCGACCCCAUCACUGGCGCAGUGAUUGAUGACGGAGGACACGGUGGAGCUGGCUCGCUCUCUCGCACCAGCUCAAGGAGGAGUCUCGGCAGCCGCUAUGCCGAACGCUACGGCAUCGGCGGUGCUGGCACCGAAGCUUCGUCCAGAAGUUCGCUUAGUUAUGCUAACGACUCGCGCGACAACAAUAGCAACGGCGGCAGCAAGUGGGGUCGAUCCAACUCGUCCAAGUCCAAGAAGAAGGACCGAUGGGCCAGGGAAGCAGAAGCGCUCGGCACGCCUCCGCAGCAAUCGUACGGCUCGGACGGCUACAGCUUCGAGGACAAUAACAACAACGCAGGCAGCGGCAACCGUAACAGUCGUAUCCGUGAUCCGCUUGCUGAUCGCCACGAUUUCUGA